ACACAUACUUUUCCAUCCCCUUUGUUUUUCCCCUUUUCGAUUUUUGGGAUUCAAAAUUAGGGUUUCGUUCCCCACAGGACCUUUCUCUCUAUCGCUCUCUCUGUUUAUACCUAUCAUUCCCCUGAGCGAAAGCUUGGGGGUUGGUUCCCAAUUUCUUCUUCUUCUCCUUCAUUUUCUUUUUUGUUUUUUGUUUUUUGUUUUCCCGAAAUCGCGUCGUUUUCUUCAUCGCCAUGGCCAAACGGGUUCUCUGCAAGUUCUUUGCACAUGGAGCCUGUUUAAAAGGGGAGCACUGCGAGUUUUCACAUGAUUGGAAGGAUCCAUCAAAUAAUAUAUGUACCUUUUAUCAGAAAGGAGCUUGUGCCUUUGGUAGUCGAUGCAGAUAUGAACAUGUUAAAGCUUCUCGAGCUCAGUCAUCUGGUUCGUCUUCAUCAGCAAAUUCUCAUCAGUCUCUGGCUUUUGAUUCUGGUCUCGCUCAUCCCUCAAGAACUGCAUCAAGUGGAGUUGCUUUAGUCCCGGGCACUCUUUCUGAACUAUCUGCAUUUAGUAAUCCUUUUCUACCUCCCCCUAAACCUGCAUGGAGUGAUUCUCUGGAUGAUGGUGAUUUUGACCACAGUGAGGAUAAUGACGUGGGGGAAACUAGAAAUGCUAGACCAGCCGAUCGUGCUAUCUGUUCAUUUGCUGCAGCUGGUAAUUGUCCUCGUGGAGAAAAAUGCCCUCAUGUUCAUGGAGAUAUUUGCCCCAGUUGUGGAAAACAUUGUUUGCAUCCUUACAGACCUGUAGAAAGAGAGGAGCAUAUGAGGAUGUGUGAGGAAAAGCACAAGCAACUUGAGGCACUAAAGCGUAGUCAAGAAAUAGAAUGCAGUGUUUGCCUGGAACGUGUUCUUUCAAAGCCCACAGUUGCCGAAAGAAAGUUCGGGAUACUCUCAGAAUGUGAUCACCCUUUUUGCAUAUCUUGUAUUCGAAACUGGCGCAGUAGCUCCCCAACAUCUGGUAUGGAUGUCAAUAGUGCAUUGAGGGCUUGCCCAAUAUGUCGCAAGCUGUCAUACUUUGUGAUUCCAAGUGUCAUAUGGUAUAACUCAAAAGAAGAGAAAGAGGAAAUUGUUGACAGCUACAAGGCUCGGCUUAGAUCAAUUGAUUGUAAGCACUUUGAUUUUGGAAAUGGGAACUGCCCAUUUGGGACUAGCUGUUUUUAUAAGCAUGCAUACCGGGAUGGCCGUUUAGAAGAAGUUGUGCUGCGUCACCUUGGAAAUGAAGAUGGCCAGACCGUGAUAGCUGCAGAUAUUAGGCUGUCAGACUUUCUUGGUGAUUUGCGCAUAAGGUGAAUAAUGUCGUCUGAUAUACCAAUGAGUGUUGUGUGUAGCAAGAACAUAUGUGCAGCUUUGAUGCUGGUUUUCAAUUGCUACUGGAGUACUCCAGAUAUCUGUAAGAUUAUGUUGCUGGAGAAUGAGACCUGGUUUGUGGGAGAAGACAUGACGUGCUUGGUUGCUAUUUGACAACAUGCAUAAUUCAAAAAAUAAAAGUAAUUAUGGAAAGGAUGAGUUAUGUUGAGGAUUUUGACAAUUAUAUACAUGCAUGUGUGGCUUCAAUAUUCUACAGGUUGGGUAUAGACAAUGAUUUUGAAUAAAGGAUCUAUACGGAUAGCAUGAGAAUAUCAUACCAGUUGAGAACUGUAUAUAAAAGCAUACCGGCAUUGACGAUUUUUCAUCAAUAUUGAUGGAUGUUUUUGGAAAUGAAACCAUGCUCUUAUAUUGAGUAUGCUUCUUGU